CUCGGAGGAGAUGGAAGCUCUGAACCUGAUCGACGUCCUGCGUAGGGCAGGCGCACGCGUCACCGUGGCGUCGGUCGAGGACGCGCCGCGCAUCGUCACCCGCCACUACAAGCUCAAUCUGAUCGCCGAUGUGGUGCUGGAAAAGGCUGCUGAAAUGGACUUCGACCUCAUCGUCAUGCCGGGUGGUCUUCCUGGUGCUCUCAAGUUCACAAGCACGGAGAAACUUGUGGGCAUGCUGAAGAAGCAAGCGGAAUCCGGUAAACCCUACGGUGCAAUAUGCGCUUCCCCUGCUUACGUCCUCGAACCCCACGGUUUACUCAAGGGUAAGAAAGCAACAUCAUUUCCACCUAUGGCACACCUGCUUGCAGACCAGAGCGCGUGCGAAUACAGGGUCGUCGUCGACGGUAACCUUAUCACGAGCAGAGCACCAGGGAGUGCCACAGAGUUCGCCUUGGCAAUCGCCGAGAAGCUAUUUGGUGGGGAGAAAGCCGUCGCCAUAGUCAAGGAGUUGGUUUUUAUGUGACAACGUCCAUCUAUGGCUACUAUGGGGCUCCAUCUAGGCUCGUCACUCGUGCAUUACAUAUAAGCUCUAGGGACACAUAUUCCACGAUGUUGUCUGAUAUGUCCGAUAAAUGUCAGUUUCAAGAUCUUUGAGAAGGUUGAUACCAACCGCCAAGCAACUAUUGCUCACAAAGUAAUCAGACCAACUCAUACGGCUUUUUUUAUGUUGGCUCACAUAUUUGUCGAGGGUGUGGUCGUGUUGUGUGAACCUUCCAUAUAUAUGAGCUUCUUGCUGAAGAAACUCGACAGAGCUAUUUGCAAAUUA